UAAAGGCUCAGUGAGUGCACUGGUGCCAGCAUUGGCCCCGAGACGGGGUCAGACAUAUGUGUUGACAUAGAGAGGCUUCCAUUCGGGGCGACCGUGAGUCCACCUGACCGCUCCGUCGAGCCCACAUGAGCCCACAUGCUGAUCUGCUCAAAGCAAGGGGUGGAAUUUCAGUGACACACUGGACUAUAGUGAAAAACCACUUGACCUGUUCUGUACACAUCAUCAUUUCAGUUCUGAUUUUAACAAAUGUGAGCAAACCACUUUGACUACUGUGCAGCAAAAAAAUUGAGUUUAUAUUUUGUUGCUCUGUUACUGUUCAAGGAUUAGUUCGCACUGAUUUUAACUUGUAUCAUUUCACCUGAAAGUGAAUGUUUGAAAUAUUCCUUACGCACAUUUUCUCUUUUGAGCCACCUAGAAGGAACCUUCGGUUAAUUUGGUUAAUUUAACACCGAACAGUUAAAGUUCUUCGUAUGUACCUCAGCGCGAGCUGGCAGAUGCUAGUUUGGGGAUGGUAACCUCCAAAUCUUACCUCAUUGAAGCGUGACAUUCUCGACCGUGAAUAUACCAUGCAGCAGCUCGCGCACAGUGGUGGCAUGCACUGAACUCGUCUUGCUGCCCAAACCCUUACCAGGCCUCCUGGAAGGAUCACCGUUAAGGAAUUUGAGCUCUUGAGAAAUCACUAUCACUUUUUUCAUCCUGUGAUUCAUUCAUUCAAUAGGCUUUUAUUUUGUUAGCUCUGUAACCAGCACUGUAGAAAAUACCAGACAUUGAAUGGAAAUAAUGGCUUUUGAAAACUGUGCAGAGCACAGAUACAUAAUUUCCUUAUUAAGCCUCACAUUGCUAAGGCCUCUUUCUUUUGGUAAAUGGCAUUCUUUUUGUUUGGAGAGGUCUACUUUUCCAUGAAAUUAAAUCAGAGUUAAAGGCCUGAAAGAGGCAAGGCUACGAUGUGCUGAAACUGCUGGUGUAUCAACCCCAAGGGAGUGAUUCAUUUCCUUUUUACAGCACAGUCGGGUCCAUGUCUUCUUGCAGUUUCCUUCACAUCUUUGGGGUCCUUAUGACUUCUCAGUUUUUCCCCCCUUAAACUGGAGUCCCGGUUCUCUUUUCCCCGACCUACUAUCAGGUGUCAGCGUUUUGAAUGCAUACUGCUUAUGUAUCAGACUUACAGUACUGUCGGUAACAUGAGAACAGUUACAGCCUUCUGCCCCGUGACCUCAUUCACUUCACAGCUCAGUUGUUGGCGGUGUCAUUCACAAAUGCCUAACGCAUCCUCGUCCCAGGCUUAAGCCUCGGGAUUAAGAACUAGCCGAUAAAACGAGCAAUAAUGAUGGAACUAUAUCUAGCAAAGCAGCAAUCUGUGACCCAUUUUUACUUGAAAUAAUCUCUUAAAUAUAGAUCCACACCUAAGCUUCGUGUGUGUGUACAAACAAUAUUAAUCACUGUAUCAUGAUUUAUACAGAUUUGCCUCCAGUGACUCUGCGUGUGAGCUCCUUUAAAGGUUUGCAUCAACUUCGAGCUGUUUUCAGACGAAAUCAGUCUAUAAACCAGAUUACUUAGCUUAGCACUUCAGAUGACAUUAAAAUCUUGUUUUAAGGUGAAUAUACAAAUAAACUACAUACAUAACAAAAACUAGUGGUAUUUCUUUGACAAAAGUAUUUGGCAUAUUUGAAACCUACUUCCUGAAUAAACAAGACGAUUUCUUCAUCCUGACAGGCUUUUUUUAAUUGGUUCUCCCUAGAAAAAUGCCUACUUGAAAAUCAGAAUUAAUUCCCAAGUACCCAUGUUUUGUCCAUGUGGGGAAGGGAGGUCAUGAGAGAAAAGGACCUCAUUGAAUGGAUCACAAGGCAGGUGGUAGGAAGUGAGAUUAUUUUUGUUACUGAAGUGUAACCCUGGGUUCAUUGUUGCUUUCUCUGAUCUAGAUAUAUUUUUAUAUUAAAUAAAAUAAUCUUACCCUCUGUUUAAAGUUAUUGAUAGACCUCCAUAGAUCAGACUCAGUCAGGGCCUAGUUUUGAUGCUUUCAAAGCAAAUCAUGGACGGGUUCCCUUGGCCACUCAAACAUGUCACAGUAAAUACAUCCAGCAGUUAUUUUCAGCCAGUAGUCUAAUCUCCUAACAUUCCUUCUUAUUAAAGCUGCCGUCGCUCCUUUCCUACGUGAUGAUAUUUAGUUUUACCGCAACAUGAACGAGUAGCAGAGUAGAGAAAACAAAGCCUUCGGAGUCAGGCCUGAGUCAGUAAAGGUGACGCUAAGGCAGUUUGCAGAAGGAAUGAUCCAUUAGCGACGGACGGAGUGAGGGCGCAGCAGAGAGAGGGAAUGAAGUGCUUCGGGAGCGGAGUGCUCGGAUAGCCAGAGAGACGACACCCAGCAGAGGAGCCGACAGCUGGAGAAGGAGGAAAGGGACCCCACCUCCACCGACCCGGGAAGAGGGCGAGAGCGUGGGCACAGGGUUCUUAGCCGGCCUGGUCCCGCCCCCUGCCACCUGCCCCGACGUUGCCCAUCGUGUUCAGUCGCCAGGAGAUGACGAAGAGGCUGGCAAAGCAGAGGAGCGGCAGGAAGAGGGCCCUCGCCGAAGGCAUCGAUCCGCAGCAGCCCAGGAGGUGGCACGGAGCCUGGCUCCCCGACAACCCCCCCCCAGGCCGGGAUGGGGCAGCAGUUCAGCUGGGAGGAGGUGGAGGCUGCUGGUGAGAUGGACGUGGCCGAGCUCCAGGAGUGGUACAAGAAGUUCGUGGUGGAGUGCCCCAGCGGCUCUCUCUUCAUGCACGAGUUCAAGCGCUUCUUCAAGGUCACAGGCAACGAGGAGGCCACCCAGUAUGUAGAGGGCAUGUUCCGAGCCUUCGACAAGAAUGGGGACAACACCAUCGACUUCCUGGAGUACGUGGCCGCUCUGAACCUCGUGCUGCGGGGCACCCUGGAGCACAAGCUGAAGUGGACUUUCAAGAUCUACGACAAGGACCGCAACGGCUGCAUCGACCGCCUGGAGCUGCUCGACAUCGUGGAGGCCAUCUACAAGCUGAAGAAAGCCUGCAGGGUGGAAAUGGAGUCUGAGCAGGGCCAGCUGCUCACACCCGAGGAGGUGGUGGACAGGAUCUUCCUUCUGGUGGAUGAGAACGGAGAUGGUAACGGGGCCGGAGAUGGGGGGCAUAACACAACAGGGCUGUCACUGGCAUGUGAUGCUGGAAAGAGUGAUUUCAGCUCCCACUGGAGCUACCGACGGAGGCUGGGCAAAGCGCAGGGAAAGCACAGGAGCUUUAGAGUCAGACAAACCAUUUCACCGCUCCGCCUGGACCGUUUCCUCAUCUGGAAAAUGGGAUAAUAAUAAUUCCGGGGAACCCAUGGGGUGAGGUAUUGGAGAGAGGGGCAUAGGGCAGGCCCCCCAUUCAGGCUACUGAGGCCCUCUGCCCUGUAGGCGGGUGGAGGGAGGGAGCUGGCUGGGAACACCCCCAGAAAAGCCCUCAGGAACAUUUUGAAGGGGAACAAAGUAAACUUAAAUUCAUUUGCAAAGCAAGUCCCUUUAAGAAACCCUUGAAGGGGCGCCUGGGUGGCACAGCAGUUGGGCGUCUGCCUUCGGCUCAGGGCGUGAUCCCGGCGUUACGGGAUCGAGCCCCACAUCGGGCUCCUCUGCUGUGAGCCUGCUUCUUCC